AUGGAUACUGAGAUCUGGAUUUUCCUGAGCGGAACUGACUGGUAUGUCCCCCACUUGCUGAAGCUUGUCCUCUCCUUCCUCUUCACUCUGCGCCUCUUGGUACUCGUUUUGGGAGAAAGGAUCGCUUGGAAAGAUGACUUGUCUGAUCUGGUGUGUAACUCUACCAGGGUGGGCUGCCACAGCGAAUGCUACAAUCAGUUCUCCCCUCUCUCCCCACUCACUCUCUGCUCGCUGCAGAUGAUCUUCCUGUGCGUCUUCUCACUGGCGAAUCUGUGGUACUUCAGAGACAUCACCUACCGUCAGCUCAGAUGCUGUAGCCUGUUUGCAAAGGGACUGAUCGAAGGGGCUUUCUUAUUCACGUGCGUCCAGCUUUACUCUGGGAUCUUCAGACCUUCCUCUUUCCAGUGCAAUCUUGCUCCCUGCGAGCAGCCCGUGACUUGCCAUCUACUCAAGAGCAGACUGAAAGACGACUUCGUCCUGCUCAUGGUUUCUGCCUCGCUAGCCUCUCUGUCCAUCUGUGUGCUAGCGGUGUGCUUGCUCCUGGGGAAAUGGCUGUAUAAUAAAGGGAGCUCAGGAGAGAAACUGUUCAAGAAACUCUGCUUGAAUUAUUACUCACAAGCUGAUCACCCGGGUAAAGGCAUCAAAAUCCGAUUAAACAGGAUACCGACCGAUACCUUUCGAACAAGUGUACCUUUCGAACAAGUGUUAUUGGAGCAGUGUUGA